AUUAAAAUUGGCCGUUUUUAAUUAAAUUACAAGUGUAUAGAUACAUACAUAAUACAUUUUUUUGUAGGUAUCUAAGUGAAGUUAUAAAAUAACAAAAUGGCACUGCGUGUGGCUGUUGCCCGUUUAAAAACAGUUACUGGAGGACCAUCUUUAUUACGUAUAAACAAUACAUUUAUUCGUUCAAAACAUUUCAAUAGUGAGUCACCGCUAGCUAAACAUGCUAAAAAACGUACCAGCACAGUACGUUUAAUAGGCGGUGGUGUAGCCAUUGGUGUCGUAGUUGGAGCAGCAUAUUCAUAUUUCUCGGAUUCAGAGCGAAAAUUGCCUGGUGCAAUAGUUAAUACUCCUACACAAAUACCAAUCUUGAAAACAUUACCUACCGAUCUGAAGGUCACUCGUAAGGUACGACACAAUAAUGAUGAGAAAGCUGAUUUUAUUUUAUUUCAGUAUCCAACUUGUCCAUUUUGUUGUAAGGUACGAGCAUUUCUUGAUUAUGUUAAGGUGCCGUAUGAUAUCAUUGAAGUAGACCCUAUGCUCAAACAGCAAAUAAGUUGGUCAGAUUAUAAAAAAGUUCCCAUUCUAUUAGUUAAAUCGAGUAAUGGUUACCAACCACUUACGGAUAGCACAAUGAUCGUAUCUGCUCUAGCUACUUAUUUAAAAGAUAAAACAUUCAACAUUGAAGAUAUUGCAAAUUUUUAUCCAUCAAUAUCAUAUGUUGAUGUAGACGGAAAGAGAAAGACAGACAUUAUGAACAAAUAUUUUAUCAUGAAUGAAGAUGAAUCUGAAAAAUCAAAACGUUUGAAUUUUGAUAAUGAAAGACAAUGGCGUAAAUGGUCUGAUGAUACUUUGGUCCAUGCACUUUCACCAAACGCUUACCGUACUCUAUCAGAAGCUGUUGACUCUUUUAAAUGGUUUUCAAUAGUAGGUGAAUGGGAGAAAAAUUUUCCAUUUUGGGAAACAAGUCUUAUGGUAUAUGGUGGUGCCUUUAUGAUGUGGCUAAUUAGUAAAAAAUUGAAGAAAAAGUAUAUGCUAAAAGAAGAUGUACGCCAAUCGUUAUAUGAAGAAUGUAAUAUAUGGGUGAAUGCAGUGGAAAAAAAUGGUGGAACUUUCAUGGGAGGUAAUAAACCAAACUUAGCCGAUCUAGCUGUGUAUGGUACUCUUUCAAGUAUUGAAGGUUGUUUGGCUUUCAAAGACGUUCAGGAAAAUACUAAAAUAAAUGUAUGGUUUAGUAAUAUGAAAAAGGUUAUACUAUAAUAUUGUUCCUAUU